CUUUUACCUAAAAUGUCUAAGCCAAAUUCUCCAUCACUAAUUGAAGUUGUAAAACAACUUGUAGAGAAGCAGCAUUCACAAGCAUCAGAGAUAGAAAAUAGCAAAACAGUUCUUUUCCAACUGCAGGCAAAGUUUCAGGAACUAGAGAAAGAAAUGGAUUCCAUUCUGUCAGAAACAAAGACAACAGAAAGGGAAAUAUAUCUGCAAGAUGAUGCCAUAGAAGUGACUAAAUAUCACUGUGAAAAUCUGGAGGCUGAAGUCAGAGCCCUAUAUUCUGAAAAUGUUAAGCUCAAGUGCGAUGCAGAAACAGUACAAGAAGAGUUUGAGGUGACAUCUGCAAGAAAUAAUGUGUAUCGGGAAAAAAUAAAGGCUCAUAAACAUCUCUUUUGGGAGAUGGAAAGUAAAAUGCCAAUUAUGAUUGAGCUUGCUAAAAAGAAAGCUGUUGUUCAAGAAUUAAAGACAAAGAAAGAGGAGUUAAUACUAGAUCUCCAGAAUCCAGAAGGAUCUGUUAUAAAACAAGUACAGGAAGAAAUUACCCUUUUAAAAAGGGAAAUCACAACACUGAAAGAAUUCAUUAAUAAAAAAAUGGACUUUCUGGAAGAAGAGAAAAAAACGCAUGCUAAGCUUAGAAAAGAAAUUGAGGUACAGAAUAAAAGAUAUGAUGCUAUUCUAAAACGUUUGCAUUGCCAACUAAACAAACUCCGUUCAAAUAAAAGACAAUGGCACUGGAACAUUCAGCAGUUGGAGAAGAAGGCAGCAGAGCUAAGGAAGUGUCUUGGAGUACUGGAGUUACAAAGUAGCAUGUAAAACUAACCUAACAAAGCUACAAUGUAGGUAAUCUUUUGCAGACAGAGGAACUCUUUUAGUAAAUAGCCCAAUAGCUGGGCCAGGGCUCAGUGAUUUCUUUUCUUUUUAAAGUUUUUCUCCCUCUCAUUCUGUGGCCUGAACUAGGCUGUGCUUGAUCUGUAAUGCUUUGGAAUAACUUUUGCUUUUUUAAACUGUGGCCAGAGGCUGUUUGGGAAGAAACGUAUUAACAGUCCCAGGUGUUUUCAAAGUAUGUGCCAGAUUUUAUCUAAAAAGUCAUUUGAAGUCAACCAAAUACGGUUUAAGGAGUUCCUUUUUAUUUGAUUAGAUCUCUGAAGAUUGAGAUCUACAUUGUUUUUCCUACAGAGAAAUUAGUAUCAGUGUAUGUUUGCAUGCUUGAGAUACCAAAACUCCAGAUCUUUUAUCCACAUCUGUUAUUAUUGCAACCCACUAAGGAACUCUGAAAGCUCUGAUAGCCUGUAUUUUGAUGUGUGGGAAGUUCAUAUAGAUGAUGUUGCAGCCUGUUUGCCUAUAUAUCCACCAGUAUGUCCUAGCAUGGGGGACAAGGAAGACAUAGGCAGUCCAGCUAUAAAAUGCUUAGGAACUAGUUCACUCAGAACUGGGCUUCAAAUAAUCUGACUUCAGCUGGUCUAAUAUAUCUUAGCAAAGAGGAAUGAGUAGGUAAAGCGAGUACUACAUCUGGACAGCUUUUAAAAUGGAACAACUCACUCUCCAGAAAUACAAAUGCAUUACAGAUGAUUGGUUUUAGAGGAACUUACUGUGUAGAGGAUCUUAACUAGCUGGUACUGGCCAUCUAACAUCUAUGUGCUUAAUGCUCAGUAAGAUGAUUCUUAAUAUAAAUGAUGGCCUAUUAAAAAUUCUUGUUAAAAUAGUAGUGAAGAGUAGACAUUUUUCUUUGCCUUCUUUUUAUUAUGUGCUUGGCAUUUGAGGAAUUUACAG